AUGAAGUUGUCCGCUCAUAACUGUGCUCUACUCAAUUUGGGAUUUUUCUGUGUCAUCCCAGUUAUCCUCAUUAAUACUAAUUAGAUGUUGAAAACUUGAGAUAACGCACCGUUUUUAUAAUGUUUAUAAUGUCCUCAAACGGUCUAUUGCAGAACGAUGAAAUCAGAGGGCCUAUGCCUACUAACGGGCAGCACGUUGUAAUAUUUUCAGGCGUCAGCCGCCUACGUGGCUGGCAUUUUGUUCUUUUUCCCAAAUUCCAAGGAGCGUUCAAGUGAUCAAUUCCUUUACGGGAUAUGUAGACUUGCUUAUAUGCAUUGGCAAGUAGCGUACUUUUAUUUAAGGUUUAUUUGAUUCUCUGGAAUACCUAAAUAUUCUAAAUUAUAUUCAUAUUUGAACUAAUGCAUUUAACUUGAAUUUAGAUGGAGUUUCUUGUGCUAGUAUGCUGCGAAACUUCUAGAGCUGUGGGCCAUUGUCGCUUGCAGUCGCAGCCGCUACUUUGAAUCAAUUCCUUUGCAAGUAGGCCUAGCAAGGCAAAAGGAAGCUGCAAGUCGAAACGUUGUUGCAGGCUACAAAAAUGGCAAGUAAUGAAAUGAAGCAAAGGAAGAAGACCACGGCUCAGAAACAAAAUGACGAACCGGUUGAAACAUCAAAGUACACUUCCGAAGAUGAAGCAAAGACAGCAAAAGCUAUGGAAGGAAAUAGAUUGGCUGAAAGUAAAAGCUCCUCGCCGUCCUCCCUGGAUCUGAAAACGAUAACUUGUCUGCUUUCACUGAUAGUUUGCAUAUUGCUUACUUGGUAAGUAAAAGUAAGCCUAUUCAUUUGCAUAGGGAUGUAGCUCAGUUGGUAGAGCAUGGCGUUUGCAACGCCAGGGUUGUGGGUUCGAUUCCCAUGCCCCCCAUGGGAGUCGAACCCACAACCCUGGCCAGUAUGAAAAAAAUAAAAUAAUAAUAAUGUAUGCACUCACUAACUGUAAGUCGCUCUGGAUAAGAGCGUCUGCUAAAUGACUAAAAUGUAAAAUGUAUAGGCCAAACAUUUGAAAAUCUUCAGCGCUUAUAAAGGUCCGUGUGCUUAUGGAUAAUUCCUAUUUCCUUUCAUCUCGGUAAGACCAAACAUGAGGAAAUUAAUCAUUUUAUGUUUGAGUUGUCCUAUUCAUUACGUUAUUUUCCCCCUUACAUUACAGGGUGGUAUUGCAGCAGAAUGCAAGGUUCUCCGACGUGGAAGAAAAGUACCAACUACUGUCUGGGAAGACUGCAAGUCUCCUUGAAAUGGAGGAGGAAGUCAUCAAGGUGUCCAAGAAGGUACGUUUAGUUUCUAUUGGAACUGUCUAUCCAUCUCUCUCCCGUGAAGAACAGGACACAAAAACAUUAUGCAGAGACCAUCUAUGCUUUGUUAUGUGUGUUUAAGUUAUUGUGUGUAUUGGUACUGUCAUUGUCUUGCUUGUCACAUAAUGUAGGCCCCUCCCCCUUAUUAUUUAGCCCCUGCAGACAUGUCUGCAUUAUUUAUGUUCUUUAUUGCUGCAGUUAUUCUUGCAUCUUGGAUUGUAUAGCCUAUCCAGUUGAAUUUAAUUCUGUGAUCAAAUCAAAUUUCUUCCUUAGAAUUGUUAUACACAUCUUUUGACUGAACGUGUGCCUGUAAUUGCAUGCAUUUGUACUUGUAUGCGUAUGUGUGAGUGUGAGAGAGAAUACUGAGGAUCCCAGAGCCCCCCCCAGAAACAGCCCUCCCUGUUUUGUGUUGCGGCUGCAGCUCGCCGCCUCAGAGGACGACCUGCAGGGGGCUCUCUCCACCGUCUCCCUGGCGACGCGCCUCGAACGUGACCUCUCCUCGCUCCAUACUGUCGUCAUGGCGAUGCAGGACGACGAGAACUCCGCCUCUCGCGAUCUCCAGACAGUCAAUGCCCGCUUCCUGAACGUGACGGAGACGUGGCAGACGGGCCUGGCCUCGGUGACCUCCGACCUGGCCUCUCUGAAGGCGGAGUCACGUGAGGCGCAUGCCGGCGCAACGGACCGGGUGAACAAGGCCGAGCAGAGGGCCCGGGCGCUGGACGAGAGGCUGGAGGAGCUGGAGGACAGCACCCGGCGGAACACACGUGCCCUGGGCCGCACCGAGGACGAGGAUGCCAAGCGGGCCCAGGACCAGCUGGACUGGAACACCAAGGAGCUCCACAAACUGGAGGACCAAGUCCGGAGCCUGCUCCGAGUAGAUACAGAGUUAGUCGCCCAGCUAGAGGAGCACAUCCCCCAGGCCCAGCAGUGCGAGGUUCACCUCCCGGCUGUCGAGGAGGCGGUGCGAUCCAUUCUGAGGCUGGGGGGGGACCUGGGGGUGGCGGAGCGAAGGCUGGAGGAGCUCACCCUGCAGGUGUUUGGGACGGAGGACAGCAUGCUUAAAGCCCUGACGGAGAUCCUGGACAUCAAGCAGGCUCUGGACGCCCUCCAGGCCCACAACAGCAUCCUCAAGAUGAGGAACGAGCUGGCCGUUGUCAAGGAGACGCUGGGACAGCUCAGCAGGGGGGAGGAGCAACAGGACAACCAGGAGAAUUCUGGGAUGCCGGAUGGGGAAGGGGAGAGGGAGGGGUGAAAUGUCAAGGACCCAGAGCAGAAUGAGCCACCCCAGCCGGUGCAUAAUGAUGACCUCAGUGUGUGAUGUCAUCAUGUUUAAACCACGGGAAGGAGUGGUCCUGUCAUUCCAUUUGUUUUAAAAACUGCUGUUAAAUCCUCACAUUGCUACGUUGUGUGAUUUGUGCAUUUUAACUUGCUAUUGCUAAAGUUUAGCAAUGCGUUUCAUCAAUAGGUUUGAAGUUCUUGUCUCACAAACAUACUACUAUCUCAUAUGGGCACCGAUCAAUGUUAUCUGCACUGGCUGCUGAAAAUCAGCAACUGAAUGUAGCAUCUGCACCCAAACACUGCUCCUGUAAUCUGUAAAGGAUAUUCCUUGCUUUAUUAUUGUUGCCUUGUCAGUGUCUGAAAGGAGAACCAUUGUGAAAGGUACUGAAAUAUCAUCUGGUACUCAAAUGUUGAGUUUGUAUAAUUUUUUUAUACACAUUUUAUAUUCAAAUGAGUGUGACAGUUAUGGCAGUA